AUGUUUUCAGCCAAUGCACUAGCUGUCCAUCCAGUCGACAAGGCAGAAUUGGAAGUGGAAGAAGCUUCAUCUCACGUCUAUCAUGUGAAAUUAAAUCGACCAGAUCGUCGAAAUACUUUCACACUUGAGCUAUGGAAGGAAAUGAAGUCAACUUUCGACAAGCUUGCCGACGAGCCGAAAUGUAGAGCUAUAGUGUUAUCCGGAAACGGCAAAUCUUUCUGUGCAGGAAUCGACCUACAACAAGGCAUGGGGGUUUGUUAUGUUGUUUAUUUUCGGAUAGUCUUUCUGUGCACUGAUGGUGAGAAGUUAAAUAACGCAGGCACAAAUAGAAAAGUGUGA